AUGAGCUACAUCAGCUGGUCUUCUAGUCUUCCUAACGGGCAGGUAGUUCCUAACAGCUCCCAACAACCUAACACAAGUAACGCAAACUGUCAUUCUUCCCAUCGUUUGUCCUGCCCUCCCAUCGAUUUGACCGCUAUGAUACAGAAGAAAAACAAAGGCAAAAAACGAGAUACGGUCCUGAAGACACCAAAGUCAGAGCCUUCCGACAGCAAAAUCAGACAAGGAAAAGCCAGAUCGACUGCGAUCAACAGAAUCAACGAGUGUUUACCCAACGAACUUCUAGCCUACAUCUUUGCCACUGCAAUUAACAGCCUGUUUCCAAUAUCGCACAGCCCCUUCCUUGCCGUAGUAUGCAGCAUCUGUCGUCAUUGGCGGGAUGUUGCUAUCGAGGCAUCUGAACUUUGGACUACCAUUUAUAUACAUGAUCAAAGCCAUAUACCACCUGCCGAACUCUUCCUUGAACGAUCAAAGACCCGACUUCUGGAUGUUGACGUCCAAGUCAUCUUUGGUCGAGGUGGGUCCCGGAUGACUGGGCCGGCCACUUUCAAUCUAUCACCUGGGCUUCGAGUUGCGGAGUUGACGUCGGUCCAUCUUGUGCGUACGAGGACACUUUCGUUGAAGGUUGGCGACAUCCAGGGUGCCGAUUUCUUUUCUUUAUUUUACCGGGCGACGUCAACUCCGCAUCUCGUUAGCCUUUCCAUUGAUGUCAAAGGAUCGCCGCGAGGCGCUCCCCUCUUACUUGAUUCCAUUUACUCAUUCCGUUCUAAUGGGAGUAAAGGCUUACCCUCAAACACAGCGUCAAUCUCCCGCCUUACCAGACUCGAGCUCACAACUCUUCGACAUGAAGAUAUACGAACUAUAUUCAUGUACUUCUCGUCUCUCGAAAUACUUAUCCUGCCGAAAUUUGGUCAGAAUUGGAUUGGAAGCCGGAGGGAGAAUCAACCCAUCGUAUUAGCCUCCAGCACGCUGCGAUCGUUCGCAGUUCAGCUUGAUCACACUCAUAACAGGUUUUUGCGUGCACCGGGGAAUUGUUCAUGUGCCCUAGGCUCUCUUCGCUUUCCGAACCUCGAAUAUCUCGAGGUCCUAGGCGACAACUCUUCCUACAAUCCUAAUCUCGGCAGCCACUUCAAAGACAUGUCGAAAUUACAAGUACUGCGUUUGCAGCGGUGCUCCGUAUCACCUGCUGAUGCCGAGUUCUUCCGCUCUUUGAUAUCGUUAAAUCGUUUGGAACUGGUGGACAACUUGAAAGAUGUGGAGGGGUUUGCAAUACACUGCAUAACAGUGUCCUUACCUUUUCCUCACCUGUCGUCUAUCUUACUCAGUGGCAAAUCAGGUCGAAGUCAUGGCAUAUCCCAGUGGGUACGCCUAGCGCGGCUAGCUGUCCAGAAUUGUGGUUGUACCAAGUUUUCUAUCGAAGUAACGGCACGACAUCAUCGCCGCAUGCUGCUUGCGUCCCUUGGUCCUCAGGAUGAGCGUAUUCACGUUGAAACAACAGAUCUUCCUCCUGGUUUGCUCUAUCCGCUUCCUACGAACAAACUCUUCGACUGGUCAGAUCAUGACGAGGAAGAUUAUUACGACUCCGACGUUGCUAUCGACUCUAUCUAUGGGUUUGAUUCGUCCGACUAUGAGUCCCUGUCAGAAAAUUUAACGGAGCUUUGA